AUGUCGCAUUAUCAGAGCAAAAGAAGUGAUUACUACGGGGACAAUUAUAGUCCUAAUUAUCGUACAAGGAGGGCUGGGGGUAGAAGAUUCACUGGAUCUACAUCCAAUCGUGGACGUGGUUACGGGGGUAGGGACGGUGAACGAUACCCCCCACGACAGUCGCGAGAUGACGACAGAGAUCGAUAUCACGAUAGAAGCAGGCAUCAAAGUGGCCGACGUUAUAAAGAUGAUGACUAUGAUAGAUACAGAAGAGAAAGAUCACGGAGUAGAAGAUCUGAAUCAUCAUACUCAUCUGAGGAUGAUCGUAGGCCAUCAGAUGACGAACAUACAUCGGCUUCUAAGAAACCAAAAAUCCAAAGUAGCACACUCAUUAGUGAAAUUACUAAAAAUGUAAACACAGAUAAGCAUCCCCAUUCUGAAAUUAGUGUACCAGCUGGGGCUAUGCAGAAUCCAAUUGAAAUCGACCAACCAUCUCCAGAAAAACAACAGCCUAUCAGUCAAAUUUCUCAACAACCAAACUACAACAUUGAGGAUUAUUUAGAAGCUGAAAAGUUGUCUCAAAAAACUCAGUUAAUCCUCUCUAAACUAGGCUACAAGCCAGAAAUGCUGGCUUCAAGUGUGAAUGACAAAAAGACCAACACCAUGGUAGGUGAGGCAACAAAUCAGCAGGUGCCCGCAGCCACAAAAGCUGCAGCUGGGGACACCAGCGAUUCAUACUUACCCCAACCUCAACAUCAACAACUGCAGCAAAAACAACAUCAUCAAGAAGAGAGCCAGCCAAAGCAGUCUGCAUCGUCGUUUUCCUCUAACUCGAUGAUUGAAAGUAUUUUGAAGUCAAUAGGUUAUGGGGAUGAACUUUUCAAACAGCAGUCAUCGGGCUAUUCAGCUGAGCACACUACAGCAACUGUUUCAGCUUCUGACAAAUCUCAAGCAGCUGGUAGGAGAAAGCAUAACAACUCCAAAUCUGAAGACAAACAUCUGUAUGAAAGGUUUUCAGAUUCAGACAAUAACAACAAUGAUAAUGAAGAAGGUGAUGGUAGAUUCAUUGAGGAUGAUGAGGAUGAUACCUCAAUCACGAGAACCCUUAAAAGCAUCAGAGGACAUGUGAAUGCUAGCAUUGAAACACCAUCUUCUGAACUUUUAAAAUUCCAGCACCAAAAAUUGAGGAAGCAGAAAUUGUUGCAGCAGCAGCAGAAAAUGUUGCUUGAGCAGAAAGAGCAGGAGUUGAAGUUGCAGCAAAAGGAGCAAGAGUUGAGACUGCAACAGCAGCAACUACUUGAAAGGGAAGCUAUGUUGAAGCAACAACAACUCAAUAUUCAACAACAAUUUCAACAGCAGCGGCAACCAUUGCAACAGCAGCAGCAGCAGUUGCAACCUCUGCAGCAUAGAGCUUCUAAAUUUGAUCAGUCUACUGCAUCUGUGAUUGUGCAGUACCCACUGCAACAACAACAGCAGCAACCAUAUCCGUUGCAGCAACCACAUAUGCAACUGCAACAGCAGCAGCAACAACAACAACAGCAUCAAUUAUCAUUUCAAAUUCAACAGCAGCAGCAAGGGAAGCAGAUUAAAAGAUUCAUUGAGAAUGAUAAUAUGGACCCGAUAAAAAAAUCAAGAAUGGAGCCAUCAAUGACAAUAACAUCGACUAAAACAGGGAUGUUGCCAUCAACAGCUGCAAACAAGUUACAAAAAAACUCAAAAUGGGACCAACCAAAUGUUCCCACUACAAAUUCGCAGCAACAGCAACAACAAGCUUCCAAAGUCAGAAAGUCAAGAUGGGCCCAAGUGGCACCAGCACAGGACACAACAGCAACUCAACCACAAACUGAAGUGGUGGAAAGUCGAAAGAUCACCAUCAAACAACAGCAAGAUCGACCACCACCAUCUUCAUCCUCGUCAUCUUCUUCUUCCAGAGAAAGUUCUAGAGAAAGAAAGAUCUCGAAUAGAAGCAGCAACCCGAGUGUUUCACGUGAUUACGGCAGGGGUGGCAGAUCAUCGGGGCCCUCCAGAUUCACUAACAAAAAGAACUGGUAUGCAGACAGCAAACACUCAAAAUACGACCCCAAAUACCCUUCAAACAGUGGUAGCCAGAACAGAAACAGACCAUAUAUGGAUAGGCUGGGUCCAGCUGAUAAAUUUAGGAAUGGGCGUGAUUCCCAGCUUAAAUUUACAGAGAGAGUUAGACCAAGAGGAACUGAUCAGUCUUCAGAGAACAAAGACCUCCCUCUAAAAAAAGAAGAUCCAGUAACAGCAGCAGCAGUUGCUACAGCAGACUCGAAGCAGAAGAAACCAAAGACGAACUUUGAUUAUUUUGACGAAGGAAGUCAUUGGUGUGAGGUGUGCAAUCUGGUCUUCGAUGAGGCCAUUGAUUAUAUGAAGCAUCUUCACACUCCUAAACACCAAAAACUUAUUAAAGGAACACAUAUGCCAUGGCUUAAACUGCCUGAGACUUCAAGAUCAGCUGAUCAAAAUAAAUUUGUUAAGAACAGAAUAUCUGUGCCAUUAAAAGGAGUGGAGUUUCUAAUGGCCACAGAGGCCUACUAUUGUAAACUUUGCAGUGAGCUGAUAGCUGGAGCGCAGCUAGCCCAGGAACACAUCAAGAGCCAGGCACACAACAACUUCUAUAGGACGUACGUUGACGACCAUCCUAAUUACGAGAGGCAGCGUGAAUUAGUGAAGGAAUCAAAAUUCGUUCAGUCCUCUCGCGUUCCAUCCAGCGAGAACAUCAGCAACAAGGAAGGCAAUGACGUCAUCAACCUCGAAGACGACUCCACCGCAGCUGCUGCAGCUGCUGCCUCCGAUGGCAGAAGGUCUCCAAGCAAAAGUGGCGCUAGAGGGAAAGGUAGUCUCGGCCGUUCGGAUGAUUCAAAACUUGCUAAAGAUAAGGACGCUGGAAGAGAUAAAAAGUCAUCUGUUGAGAAAUUGGAUGCUACAUCUGCUGCUGCCAGCAGCUGUAAAAGUAGCGCUAAAGUUACUGUAGCAAGUAGUAGUAGCAGCAGCAGUUCUUCUACAACUACUUCAACUAGCACUACCAAGGCACAUGAGCCGAGCAAAUCUCUGCCUGAAAAAGUGGAAAGCUCCAGCAGAUCACUUACUGGAACGUCAUCAGCUGCUGCCCGUGAAAUUACUCCGGCCGUUUCAAACAGUGAAAGUGAGCUAUCAGCUAGCUCCACCAUCAAAAGCAUCAUGGCCUCCAUCAGUGCAAAGGAGAAACAGCCAACUAAUUCAUCUGGAGCUACUUCCACAGCAACAACAAUGGCGAUUUCAUCUGCUUCUACUUCCACAUCUUCAGCGGCUUCAAAGAAACUUCCUUUCAUUGGCAAACGUCUUCAAGUUUCCAAGCAAACAUCUGGAAGUGGUAUAGAUGAUCCCUCAAAGUCUCAGCAGCAGACGUCGUCAUCCACCACCAGCAAGAACUCAGCCAGCCUAAGCAGGGAUGAGCUGCUGUCUCAAGUUAUGAAGGAAACAGUCAUUGGACCCAUCGUAUCUAUUCCUACACCAGCUAGUAUCAGUAGCAGCAUCAGUUUGGCAGUCGCAGCUGCUAGCCACAAUUUGCAGCAACCGCCGCCAGGGUAUCCUUUUUAUCCGAUGCCCCCUAUGAUGCCCCCGUUCCCACCAUUCCCAUACAUGCCCCCUCCAUUUUAUGACAUGAACAUGAUGCACAACUACUAUGCUGAUCCUAACUUGAUGCAGACAACUGUUAAUGCUGCAGCAGCUCUUGAAGCUGGUAGUGACGGGAAGAAAGGUCCCGGUGUGGUGAAUGACGUUGUUGCUGCUGCUGAUGGUGGUGAUGGUGGUGGUGCAGAUGUGCAAGAGUCAUAUGAGAACUAUGAGAACAGUGAGAACAACAACAGCAACAAUUUAGAUGAGAAACAACAAAAUAGCAACAACAAUAGUAGUAGUAACGACAAUGCUAACAAUGAAAGUGGCAAGGAAACAGCUGCUGCUGAUGCUGAUGCAAGCAAGCAGCAGCAACAGCUGCAUAGUGUUGUCAUGGAGACCACUGACAACAUCGAAUGUGUUGAAAUGGAAGUUGAUGAAGAUGACAGCUGCAACAACAACAACAACAACAGCAACAAUAACAAUAAUAAUACCGUUGCUAAAGAUGACAACAACAACAACAGCAGUAGUAACAUGGAAAAUUUGAAAGAAAUGGCCUCAACAACAUCAGUAGCAGCAAUGAACACUCAACUACAAGCUCUCCCAGCAGCAGAAUUUGAACUUACAGACAGUGAUCUAAACUUUGAACUCUUGUCUGCAGCUGAAGCAUCAUCAUCAGCUUCAUUGACAACAGCAGCAUCUACUGCCACCACCACCAUCGCCACCACUACUACUGCAACAACUUCCGCUACAAACGCCACUACUACAACCACAUCUCUAGAACAUUCAGAUAAUACUGACAACAAUCCCAACAACAACAACAGCCUAUCCUAUUUUGGUUCAAUAUUUUCAGAAGGUACUAGUAACACUGGUUUAACAGUAUUAAACAGUAUGACCUAUAAUUUUACUACUAGUAGAAGUAGUAGUAUCACUUCAAUGCAAGACACGUACACUGAUUACAAUGUUAGCGCCGGCGAUGAUGAUAAUGAUGAUAAUAAUGAUAAUAAUAAUAAUAAUAAUGAUGAUAAUAAUAAUGAUAAUGAUGAUAAUGAUGAAGGUUUAGAUGCAGAUGAGUUAGCUAGGAUUGCAUUUUACAGAAGCUAUCUCAACAACGAUGACGAAGAUGGUGAUGAUGUUAAUAAAAACAAUAACAACAACAACAAUAAUAAUAAUAAUGAUGAUGAUGAUGAUGAUGAUGAUGAUAAUGAUAGUAAAAUUACUACUACUACUACUACUACUGUAAAUGAUACUAAUACAGUUGAUACCGGUAUUGUAGAUAGUAUUGACACUCGUGUCACAACACCUUUGCAUGUCAAUUGUAGUAAUGUUGUUGUUGUUGCUACUUCUUACGCCGACGAGAGUAAUGUAGUUGAUACUACUACAACUACUAUGGCUUCAGCUGCUACCGCUACUACUGCUGCAUCUGGCGAUGAUAAUGAAGAUAGCAAUCUUACUACUACUACUACUACUACUACAACUAUUACUAAUUCUAAUAAUUAUGUUGAUGAUGAUAAUUAUAUUAGUACCAUUAUUCCUCCUGCUACUAUUACUACUACUCCUCCUACAUUUUCUGGUGAUUAUGAUGGUACUACUACUACUACUACUGCUACUACUACUACUACUUCUGAUACUAAUUUACCUGUCUUAUCUGAUCUUGAUAGUUAUAAUGGUAAUACUGGAAAUAGUAAUAAUAAUAAUAAUAGUAUUGAUAAUGAUCUUGAUAAUUUAAUGAGUUUUAUUAUGACAGGAAAUGAUAAUGGUAAUUAUUAUAAUAAUAAUAAGGAUGGCCGUGUUAUUGAAAUUGUACAGCAGAGCUAUGAUGGAUGUGAGGGUAAUGGUGGUGGCAUUAGCAGAGAUAUGAGGAUGGCUGAAGGCCAUGUUAUUGAUACUACUACUACUACUACUAGCAGUAGCGCUACUAACUUUUGUGAUGACGACGACGAUGAUGAUAAUGAUGAUGAUGAUGAUAAUAGUGGUAACGAUGAUGAUCAGAAAGGUUGUGGUUAUGAUAGGGAUAAUAAUAACAAUGAUAAUAAUAAUAAUGAUGAUGAUGAUGACAACGAUAAUAAUAAUAACAAUGAUGGUAAGACUGAUGGUGAUAAUGAUGAUGAUAGCGAUGAGAGAAUCACUCAGCACUAUAAUCUCUCAAACGUCUUCUAUGUACUUGGGGGAUGCCUCAACCCAAAUAUUCUUCGUGACCCAAUUAAUCCCUGUGACUCAGUUAAUCCGGAACAUGCCGAUCUGGAGGUUAAAGGUCAAGAGGUUCAUGACGUCACGAGAAUGAUGGAAGGAGAAGAUUCCAACUCCACUAUCGCCCUGGCCGCCGGAGAUGAAGAGGCCGUGGAUAGACUGAAUGAAUUGGAUGAAUGA